AUGGCGAGUGUUACGGUGUUCGUGUUCCUCGUAGACAACCUGCCCGGAUUUGAGAAUAUUUUAAAUACAACAUUACGAGAAACGGUCAAAGGGAGUAAUGUUGAUGUAACACUUUCUGAAUGCGAUCCCUUUUAUGAAGAUAUUGUAUGGACCGAUAUAAGUAGACAUAAUAUUGUUAACACGGACGAUGAAGUGAGAUACGGUGAUCAUCGCCCUGUUAGAGCUCACGAUGAAAAACAUAAUCACUAUAUACAAGAUAUAAAAGCGUACAAAGAUAUCACAGACAGUGGAAUAGGUGUACAAAAGACGAAUAAGACAUUUUUAGUGUCAAUCUUUGAAACUGUAUUGAAUAUUACCGCUCAGACAUGCGGCGGAAGUCUACUCUCGCCACAUUGGGUGAUCACGGCCGCUGCUUGCGUGGAUUUACUCUCUCAUAUAUAUAAAAAAAAUUUUAAUUUGUUUCAAACUCACUAUUCUGUAAUAGCGAACGCAAACGAUCCUCUCACAGAUGGCUCUGUUCACAACGUUACUGAAAUAUUAUUAAAUCCGAUAUCUAAUGGACUCUCUAGAAUUAAUAAUACUUCCUCUUUCCAUGGAAUGAAAAUUCCAAGUGUAGCUUUAUUGAAAAUAGAACCACCUGUAGAAGGGAUUUUUAUGGACAUAGUUUUGGAGAAGAUAAGUUCUGGUAUUGAAGUGGUUGUGUAUGGCUGGAUAUUAAAUAAGGAUCCUACUUCUGGUCAGGACACAUUGAACUUGGCGACUUUUAAGGCUAUCACUUUAGAAUCAGAUGUCUGUAAAGCUAAUUAUAGAUUUGUAGAUGAAUCUUCUUUAAUUUGUUUAUCUCCUCGAAGUGAAAAUGAGUUUGAUAUACGAAUGGUGGGUUCUGGCGGGCCGGUGGUACUUUCGCUUGGAAAUAAAAUAUUAAUGGUAGCGAUCGCUCAACUCGACUCGCACACAAACUUUGCUGCAUAUUUACUGCAUUCACAUUACUCGUGGAUAAUGGAAGUAAUAAAUAAAGAUUAA